AUGUGCUUCAUGGUGAGCUGUCCCUACGUGCCGCCGCACGAGUUCGACCUGGACUUCCCGCACCUGAUGCUGCGCUAUCGCGCGGCCGAGCAGCGCCAGGGCAAGGGCGAGCGCGGCCUGGCCGCCGAGCUGACCAAGACCGACCGCAACGGCAAGCUGGGCUCGCUGCUGCCGGCGCUGGCGAACUGGGCGAUCAAGGUCGACAACGGCAUGACCCGGCCGCUGAUGGAGCGCCUGGCCGACGUCCACCGCGAGGCCUGGCUGCCCAAGUUCCACGGCACCAGCUUCGAGGAGCGGGCGCGCGGCGACGGCGUCGAGGUCAACCGCGACGCGCCGGCCUUCGGCCGCAAGGUGGUGCUCUACGCCACCUGCUUCGUGAACUUCAAUCACCCCUCGACCGGCAGCGCCACCCGCCAGGUGCUGGCCAAGAACGGCGUCGAGACCCAGGUCGUCUAUCCCGAGUGCUGCGGCAUGCCGCAGCUCGAGCAGGGCAAGGUCGAAAGCGUCGCUCAGAAGGCCAGGCGCAUCGCCGGCGAGCUGGAAGGCUGGGUCGACCAGGGCUACGAGGUGGUCGCGCUGACCUCCUCCUGCGCGCUGAUGCUGAAGUUCGAGUGGCCGCUGCUGCUGCCCGAGGACGCCACCGUCAAGAAGCUGAGCCAGGCAACUUACGACAUCACGGAGUACGUGGUCGACAUCGCCAACAAGGAGGGCCUGGCCGAGGGGCUGGGCGAGCUGGACGGCGGCGUGGCGCUGCACAUCGCCUGCCACGCGCGCGCCCAGAACAUGGGCAUGAAGGCGCGCGACAUGAUGAAGCUGAUCCCCCAGGCCGACAUCAAGAUGCUGCCGCGCUGCUCCGGCCACGGCGGCACCUGGGGCGUGCGCAAGCAGCACUUCGAUCAGGCCAUGAAGGUCGGCAAGCCGGCCAUGCGCGACGCCCUGAAGGCCGAGAAGACCUACGUCUCCAGCGAAUGCCCGCUGGCCGCGCUGCACCUGCUGCAGGGCAUGGACCGCCUGGCCCAGGACAAGCCGGACGGCCCGCAGCCCACCGAGCAGGCGCCGCGAGCCGAAGCGAUGAGCACCGCCGUCAAGCGCCGCAUCGAGCGCGGCGACAUCCUGCCGAUGACCGAGUACGAGAGCCAGCGCAAGGAGCGCCGCAAGAAGCUCGUCGAGAUGCUCUACAUCGAAAAGGGGGGUGAAGAGCAGAUCGCCGACGAGCUGAGCGCCUACAACCCGCUGAUCCCGCAGGGCCGCGAGCUGGUCGCGACCGUGAUGUUCGAGAUCGACGACCCGGUGCGCCGCAAGGGCUUCCUGUCCAAGCUGGGCGGCAUCGAGGAGACGGCCUUCAUCGAGAUCGACGGCGCCGAGCGCCUCGUCGGCAAGCCGGAGGAGGACGUCGACCGCACCACCGCCGACGGCAAGGCCAGCUCGGUGCAGUUCAUCCACUUCCCCUUCACCGACGCCCAGGCCGAGGCGAUGAAGACCCCGGGCACCAAGGUGGUGCUGGGCUUCACGCACCCCGCCUACAGCCACAUGGCG